AGUAUGAAAGGGAAGCCUCUUGCUGGUAGUCACACUGCCAGAUCCUCACAGGAGCCUCACUAACACAGAAAAAAACCCACCCACACACACACACGGACUCAGGCCUGGACACGGAGAUAGAGUCGGCUGCCAAACCAUAAUCAGUAUACCUCUGAGUGUGGCUUUGAUUUCCCAAACCUCUCUUUUUUUCUAGCACUGACAUGGAGCUCCACACUGUUCAUAAAACCUCCCACCACAGCCACCUGGGUGAGGAGAAGCACCAGAUGCUGAACCUGAACCGGCGCCUGGAGACUUACCUGAGUCGGGUCAAACUCUUAGAGGAGGAAAAUGUGCUGCUUUCUAAGGAGAUCCAGGCUCUGAGAUGCAGCCAUCAUGGAGCUUUGACUCACAGGAAGGGUUUGGAGGAAGAGCUGCGGCGAGCAAGGCUGGAGCUGGAUGCAGCCUGGAGGGACAGGGUCCACGCAGAGCUGGAGGUUGGCAGGCUGACUGAGGAGUUCCAAGCCCUGGACCUGCAGAGACAGAGAGAGGCUCAAGCCCACGUGAAGGCCAAGACAACGCUGGAGCAAAGCAGGAAGGAGCUGGAGGAGGAACAGAGGGCACAGAUCUGGCUGAGGGAGAAGGUCAGUCAGCUGGAGCAUGAGAUGAGGUUCCUAAUUCAAAGCCAUCAGGAGGAUGUGGCCCACUUGGAGGCCACAUUGACCCAUUCCAGAGCCACAGUGCCACCCACACUGGCUCAAAGGGGCAACGAGACACCAAACCUCCUCCAGCUGGGGCAGGAGUACUCCCAGAGGGCUACCAGAGCAUGGCAGGAGGCAGCAGAGACCUAUGAGGGCCAGUUAGCUCAGCUAGAGGGGACGCUUAACCAGGCCAGGAGCCAUUUGACCCAAGUGGGCCAGGAGAAGAGCGAAAGCCAGCUGAGGCUCCAGGCCCUCGAGAGGGAGAUCGCCUCAGCUCAGGAUGUCAGGCUGCAUCUGGAGAAGAAUGCAGCUCAGAAGAGGGACAAACACAGUCAGGAGAUCCAGCAGCUGCAGACGCACGUAGGGGGCAUGGAGGCAGAGAAGGAGGAGCUGAGCCAGCAGAUAAAUCACCUCCUCAUGGAAAACCGAAGCCUGUUGCAGCUGAAGAUGUCUCUGGGCCUGGAGGUGGCAACAUACAGAGCUUUACUGGACAGUGAAAGCCUCAGGGGAGACAACUCUUUGUUCAAUCAGCCAAGAAACGUUUCCAUCACAGAUGCUGCGUUCUGUCUGCGAGGGGUUAAAAAGAAUUACCAAACCCAGCAGUCUGCUCGCCACAAGACUGCUUCUCUUUCACCGCUCCGUGUUAUAACAGGAACCGCUGCAACACCACUCUGCAGCAGAAGACCUGUGACUUUCAGUGAAACUCCAAAGAAUUCAAAACCUGCAGAUGCAGAGGUGACAAAGUCAGCAACAUGGGAAAUCCCUUAUCCAAAAAUACUGCAGGACGGGGCUGUUGAAAAUUUCAGACCACAGGAGGUUCAGGAGAAAGUGACCUAUGCUGAGCCUCUGUCACCUCCCAACGAGCAGGAGGCUUCUGCUCCAGAGACAUCAGGGGACAAAGAAGUAGAAGAGGAAUGGAAAAGUGUUGAUGAUGAAACUCCUGAGGAAACAGUUGUACAGUCAGUUGUCAGUUAUCAGACUGAGUCUGAAGUUAGCCACCAUCAGUUUACAACACCCAACCUUACGCCAUACUAUGUCAGAGAGAAAGAGAAGGCCUGUGUAAUCUCAGAUGAAUCUGAUAAGGAUGUGACUUCUGAAGGUCCUGCUGAAAACGAAGAUGUGCAGCCGCCACUGUCUCCAGCUGAUGCAUGGGGAAAGAAAGAGGGUAUAGGCAACAUAGUAGAGCAUGUGCAAGAGGAGACCUCAGACUCUGAAACUGAGGCAGUACUUGAACCAGCCCUCGAAUCCGGGACGAGCAGUCCGGUCUCUGUAUGUGAGCCAGGAGAAAGUGUGUUCAACCAGUUGACAGAUUUCAGUCGAGAUGAAAACAGCUCAAAAGAUGGUGCAGCUGAGACAAGACAGGAAAUAAAUAAUAAAUCUACGACAGGGACAAAUGAGACAGAUGUUGAGUACAAGUUGUACCCUGAUGGGGAAGAGAUGGAUACGUGGGAUAGUGUAAUAGAAAGGAAGGUUGAUCUGACAGACAAUGGAAAACAAAAAGAUGAAGCAAUAAGACAACAUGCUGAACCAGAGGAAGACAUAUCUGCAAGAGAACUGGAGCAUAAAAAGAGAGAAAUCAGCCAGGAUUUUGCCACAGAUACACAGGAAGACGACAACGUGGCCUCAGCAGUGAUGGACACAAAAGUAGACGAUGAUGAACAGCAGGCAGUGGUACACCAAGAUAAUGCUCCGCCUCCUCACAAAGAUGAAGAGGAUGAUGAUGAUGAAGAGGAGGACUCUCAAAACGUCUGUGUGUCAUGGAGAACUGAGCUGGAGAGCGACAGCUACGCUCAGGAUAACACCCUUGCCGACACUCGUCCUCUGAUACGCUACAGGAGCGACGAGACCGACGCCAACACUCAGGCAUCACACAUGGACGAGAGCGAGUCCAGCGAAGGUGACCAGGAAAAGAAGAUCGGAGAGGCGGGAAGCGGAAUGUGGAGCGAUGACAAGUCAAAGAGAUUUGGAACUAUGGAGGAUCUGUGCGAAGAAGCUGAAGGGGAAGCACUGGAUGAGGAAUAUGACCUGGGAUAUACUCAUACUGAGGACAAGGAUGUUGAUUAUAGUAUGACUGUAAGUGAGCAUGCCACAUCAGGUAACAAUACAGAACAUGCAGAAGGAAUGAUCGAGACAGUCAGUGAGGAAUAUUCGGAUGAAGAAACUGAAGAAUUUACCAAACCCGUGGUGCCCACAAAUGUAGACUACGAUGAGGAGCUGGAGACGGACAGACUCGUGGAGCAGGAAUUAGAACACCUAUCCACAGACGUCUACAGUGCUCACUUUGCACAGCAGCAGCUCACUGACAGUGGGGAGGUGUCUGUCCAGGAUAUGUCAGGGCAAGAAGAAGCAGGACAAACCAAAACAGAUGACACGUCUUUCUGCGCAGAGUCUGGAGCGAAGGUAAACAGCAAACCAGCAUCGUCCAGUACAGUUAUAGAUCAGCACUAUGAGAGCCUAUAUUUCAGUGAUUCGUCAGUGGUAUUGCCUCAAACAGACACGCUGGGUGAUGAUGAGGAGGACCAACAUAAAGAUCGAGAAGCUGCAACUGCUCCAGAGAAGACAGAUGAAGACGAUGUACACAAUGAAUCUAUGGUGACACAUGCUGAUGUGAUGGAAGAUAGAUCCGGCUUUAGUGACUUUAUCUACAGGCCUGAUACGGAGGAAAUCAACAACUCAGAGGACCCAAGCUCUGCUGCACCGCAGGAAAAGCUGCAGGAUGCGGCCGCCGCCCCCACUGAGGCGAAAGAAGCUGUACCUGUAGAAGUGUCUGAGUCUCAAGAGCAUCCAGUUAAUGAAGCUGCAGACUGUCAGUCAUUUCCUGACCUUCCAGAAACAGCUGAGUGGGAAGUCGUAGAGAGCCCAAGCGAGGACUUUGAAAGCAGUGAUCAGAAUGAAAGUGAACAGAAAUGUGAUGGUGUGCCUGACUCAGCUGAAAGUCACCUCCACGAUGACGAAGGUGCUGAUCAGGGCCUAAUGACAUGUAAAGAGGAGCCACUAGAGAUUUCCCCCGACUACGUGCCUAAUGAAAACGAUAUCUUCGUGGUGAAGGACUCAACAGUAGAACUACUGAAGACAAAUGGCAAAGACAGUGGGCACCAUGGUGUUUUCAGCUCUGGCACAAAGAAUGACUUCUGGGUGUCCUCCUUAGAGAGUGGUGCCACCUAUCAACCAGAUGGAGCCUGUAAUGAAGCAGCUGAGCAAACCAAUCAGAACCUUGGGUUUGGUGACAACCUAGUUUGGGGGAAUUCGGCCAACUCGAAUGUGGUUAACGGGAACUCCAGGGUGGAUGCUGACUCACCUAAAGCCCUGGCUGCUAGAAAGGCGCAGGAGCAGAUCCAUUUGGAGGUGAAGCAGGUGUUGUGCAGAAAUGCUGUUGAGGGGGAGCUGGUCCAUUCUGAGGAGUCUGAAGCUGAGGGUGAAUCCUGGUCAUCUGGGGAAGAACCAGUAUAAAAAGAAGUGAAAAGUUAGAGUUAGACCAGUUUUAGACCUAAUCAGUGUUAGUCAGAAUGUUUCUGUACAAUGAAUUUACUAUGAAAACCAAAGUCGUGCCUUGGUGUGCACCUCAGUGACACUAACCACCAAUGUGCCAAUUCUGUCUGUGAAGAUAUUGAGCUCUUGCUUUACUUCCUUAAACUGACACAUUUCACUAAACAUUUUUUUUCUUCUUCCUGAUUCUUCAAACCUUUCAGUCUUUCAUUGUGCAUGUUGUAGAAGAAGGUUGAGAGUUUCUGCAUGAGGGAAAAGCAUGAAGACAGAACAAAGAAUGUCAUUUGAAAGUCAAAGUGUUUAUUGAUCACUGCCUAACCUGAUUGUACUGACUGAUGGAAAUCAAUGAGCCCAGAAGGGGUGGAUUCUUUGCAGAGCUGCUGUUUCAUGAUGCGCCGAACAAACAGAUGGAGUUCUGAUAGUGAGUAAGCUCAUUUCACUGGACAAGUGAAAAGAGUCGAGAUGACAGAUUCCAAAAAGCAAACUCUUCUGUUUUUAUUUGUUUGGUCUGAUGAAGAAGUAAACUGGUUUAACUUUUUAUUUAGAUCCAUAGUUUUUUUUUGCUGCGGUACAUUUA